AUGGAUCUGUACUAUGAUUGUGUCCAACCAAUUGAAGGGCUCUUAGCUUUGCUGGUUCUAUAUGUUUUCUGGAGAUACAUAGCCCGAAAUUCUAACAAAAGUCGCAUCCCUGAACCAUCAGGGUCAUGGCCACUCAUUGGUCACCUCCAUCUCCUAGGAGGGAAAGAAACACUUUGCAAGAAGCUAGGAGCGAUGGCUGACAAAUAUGGCCCACUUUACUCACUCAAGCUCGGACACCGUCGAGUAUUAGUGGUGAGCAGUUGGGAAAUUGCAAAGGAUUGCUUGACCAACAAUGACAGAGCACUGGCUACGCGGGCAAGCAUCGCAGCAGGGAGGCAUAUCGGCUACAACAACGCCAUUUUCGCACUUGCCCCAUACGGGGAAUAUUGGCGUAAUAUUCGUAAGAUCGUCACCGUUGAGCUUCUUUCGAGCUAUCGCCUCGAAAAGCUUAAGCACAUCCGUUUCUCCGAAAUGGACUUGUUCAUCAAAGAGUUGUUCGGGCUAUGUGUAGAGAAUGCUGAUAAUUGCGCCCAAGUGACAAUGAGCGAGGUGUUGGAACGGUUGACUUUUAACAUAAACCUCAGAAUGCUUGUUGGAAAACGUUUUUCUAGUAGCUCUUAUGCUCAAGCACAUAGUGAGCCAUGGCGCUACGAGAAAGCCAUAAAGCAAGCGCUGUAUCUCAGCGGGAUAUUCGUCUUGGCGGAUGCUCUGCCGUACCUUGAAUGGAUGGAUAUUCAAGGGCAUGUGCGUUCCAUGAAGCAGACAGCUAAGGAACUUGACUCAAUAAUCAGUGUUUGGUUGGAGGAUCAUCUCAGAAGAAAAAGGGAGAGCCAGGGUAGCUGUGAAAGCGAUUUCAUGGAUGUUAUGCUUGCAAACCUCCCAGAGGACGAUGUGAUAUCAGGCCAUACCCGAGAUACUAUUGUUAAGGCAACAACUUUGGUAUGGUUCCUAUAUCCUAACGUGUGCUUUAGUGUUUAUUAG